AUGCUUGCCAACUUCACUGCUCUCAAUCUUUUGAAUAUCAUGGGAUCGAUGGACGGGCGGAUCGACCACGUUUUCAUGAUUGCCGCUAAUGGUCAUUUUGUCAACGAAGACAUCGAAACUCUCACUGAAGCUUACAAAAUUGGAACCGUCAUACUUCUUCAUGGAAACGUCUCUACCACAGUGAGACUUAUUCAACCAAAGGCUCUGUUGCAGGACUUGAUUGAAAGUUGUGGACACUCUGAGAAAUUCUUUAUCGCAAUUGAUAAAGAGGGUUGGCUAGUGGCUCGCAUCAAUCCAUAUCUUACAACACAACUUCCCGGUUCGACGGCUUUUGGUGCGACCGGUGAUCACUCAAAUGCAUCUAAAGUUGAUUACGAGCCCGUUGCGGAUACACAUUCGAAACUAAACAGUUUAAUCAUUGAAGCCAUGAAAGCUGGCGUAGAUGCCGUCACUCAUAAACCUCUACCCCGGUUAGAUAACACCUCUGAUGUGGUCAUUGGUGACUUACCCGCCAAUUUGAAUCCGGAUGUAAUAAGAAAUCUACGCGGAGAGAUGAAGUAUAAGAUUGACAUUAGGGGUUUGAAGGUCAGUGCUACAGAUUUAAUCACGAAUGUCAUCAGUCAAGGCUCGUACAUCUAUGCAGGAGCUGAUUACGUCAUGGUUUGCCACACCUUGAAAGCUCAAGUAGGCGCCAUUGAGACAUCAAGUGCGGCUGGUCGCAACACAGGUCCUCAAAGUCUCAACAAAACAUCAUCAAUUCAUGCCAGAAGCUUAACUGUCGUUGAAGCCGAGUCAUGA